AUUUGGAGGUCCAAAUCAGUGUCAGCGAAAACUGCGAGUCACCGGCUAAUUUUAUUUUCUCGUCGCUCUCUCUUUGAAGAAACAAACAAGAUAAGAUGUUUCGAAACCAGUAUGAUAAUGAUGUGACAGUAUGGAGUCCCCAGGGAAGAAUCCAUCAGAUUGAGUAUGCAAUGGAGGCAGUAAAACAGGGAUCAGCAUCCAUUGGACUCAAGUCAAAAACCCAUGCCAUACUAGUGGCCCUCAAGAGAGCGCCAUCUGAGCUGUCUGCCUACCAGAAGAAGAUCCUGCCGAUAGAUGAUCAUGUUGGAGUGGCAAUAGCUGGGCUCACUGCUGAUGCUAGGCUUCUUAGCAACUUUAUGCGGUCUGAGUGUUUGAACUCUAGGUAUGCUUAUGAUCAAUCCCUGCCAGUCUCCAGACUUGUAGCUGCUGUUGGCAACAAAUCGCAAGUACUAACCCAGAAGUAUGGGCGGCGGCCAUUUGGUGUGGGACUACUUAUUGCAGGAUAUGAUUCGCAGGGCCCACAUAUUUACCAGACCUGCCCCUCGGCCAACUACUAUGACUGUAAGGCCAUGGCUAUAGGGGCCAGGUCCCAGUCAGCAAGGACUUAUGUGGAGAAACAUCUGGAGAAAUUCCCCGAUAGCAGUCUUGAGGAGCUGAUUGCCCAUGGGCUGCGGGCUCUCCGCGACACGCUGCCCUCAGAUGUCAACCUCACCACCAAGAACUGUUCCGUGGGGGUGGUGGGGAAGGACAUUGAUUUCACCAUCUACGACGAUGACAGUGUCCAGCAAUAUCUGGCCAUGGUGGAGGGUGAGGAGAGGUCUAACCGGGCACUGGUUGUCGACGCCCCUGCACAGGAGGGACAGGAGCCAAUGCAGCAGGAUGCUGAGGGAGGGGCCCCAGAUCCUGCGGUGGCUGACCCCGCAGUUCAGCAGCCUGAGGGCAUGGACCAGUGACUGCCACCUUUCAACAACCACCCCCUCGCUCCACCACAUCCCUUCUGCCCGUAGGUGCACUUGGUUGUGCAAUCUGGGGACCAGCUGCUGACUCAACACACAUAGACAAAUAUCCAUGCUUAUUGAUCAAAUCUUCAUGACUAUGGUUAUUAGGUUGAUUCCGUCUUUUUUGAGUUCCAUCUCAAAUAAUUUUACAUAGUAUUUGACGCAUAUUGAGCUAAAAUUUGAAAAAAGGUCAUAAUUAUUCCUGUGUUAUAUAUCACAUUGGGAUCAGUGAUAGAUUGUGCAGUCAAGUGCACCUACAUAUGUUUGAUGGACACAGACUGCCUGGAAGAUGGUGCCUAGUGGUUAAGGGGAGAACUUGGAAUUAGUUAAACUUAUGAGCUACGGCCGUACUAUAGUGGACCAUAAAUACAGUACAUGAAAUACUUACUCCUUUGAAAGUUCGUUAAAUAAAAAGUGCUAUGAAUCAUCAAAAUUUGUUAUACUAUAGUGUAUUGAAAGUGAAUAAAUGUAAAAUUGA